AUGGCUGCACACGAGCCGUCUCCACCAUCGUCCCUGGAAGGCAACAAACCGGGCUUCCCCAAGAAAAUUCUGGGGAACAACCUCGAAGACAAGCAUUUGUGCAACUCGUGUCAGAAAAUUCUGCGAAGGCCCUUGCAAGCCCAGUGCGGCCACCGCUUUUGUUCGUUCUGUUUCAACAAAAUUGUGAGUUCUGGACCCCAGAACUGCAGCGCAUGCAUCAAAGAAGACCUGUUUGAGGAGCCCACCUCCAUUCUCAAGCAAGGUGGUGCGUUCCCAGACAAUGCAGCCCGGAGAGAGGUGGAGGCUCUGGCAGCAGUCUGUCCAAACGAAGAGUGUACAUGGACUGGAACUGUCAAAGAGUUUGAGGUGAGCCACGAGGGCAACUGUGACUUCAUGAUCAUCAUGUGUCCUUCCUGCAAAGAGCUGAUGAGAGCCAAUGAGCAGGAGCGCCACAAUGAGAGGGAAUGUCCGGAGAGGACGCUCAACUGCAAAUACUGCAAGGAACCCUUUCUGUUGAAGAACAUCAAGGCUCAUGAUGAAAUCUGUCCGAAGUACCCAAUGAUCUGCGAAGGUUGCGCAAAGAAAAAGAUCCCCAGAGAAAAGUAUGUGGACCAUAUUAAGUUCUGCGGUAAAUUUAAAACACCAUGCAGAUUUCAUGUUGUUGGCUGCGAUACAUGUGUGGAGAAAGAGAAGAUCCAUGAGCACGAGCGGCAGUGUUCCUACGAACACCUCAACCUGCUGCUGCACUUCAUCAUGGGCAUCAAGGUGAGUCUGGAGAGCCUGCAGCCCCAGAGCCUGGAGGUGGCCAGCCAGAAGCUGCAGGAGCUGCACCAGUCCCUCCGGGAGCUGGAGCUGAAGAUGAGCCAGCUGGGCGGGGGCGGGGGCGGGGGGGCCGCGGGCGGCGUCGGCGCUCCGGCCCUGGGCGCCUGCGCCCCCCCGCUGGCCACCUCCUUCACCCCGCUGCCCAGCGCGGCGGGCGCCGCCCUGGAGCUGCAGCUCCAGAGCGAGAAGAGCAAAGUGGCGGAGCUGAGCCGGCGCUGCCAGGAGCUGGAGCUGAAGGUGGGCACCUUCGAGAACAUCGUCUGCGUCCUCAACCGGGAGAUGGAGCGCUCCUGCGCCACCAUGGAGGCCUACAACCGCCAGCACCGGCUCGACCAGGACAAGAUAGAGAUUCUCAACAACAAGGUGCGUCAGCUGGAGCGGACGGUGAGCCUCCGAGACCUCUCCAUCGUGGAGAUGGAGGGGAAAAUGAGGGAGAUGUCUGCCGCCACCUACGACGGCGUCUUCAUCUGGAAAAUCUCCGAUUUCACCAAGAAGAGACAGGACGCCGUGGCCGGCCGGGCUCCCGCCAUGUUCUCUCCUGCCUUUUAUACCAGCAAAUACGGAUACAAGAUGUGCCUGCGCAUCUACCUGAACGGUGACGGGACGGGCCGUGGUACCCACUUAUCUCUUUUCUUUGUGGUGAUGAGAGGACACAGCGACGCACUCCUCAAGUGGCCUUUCAAUCAGAAGGUUACCCUCAUGCUGCUCGACCAGAACAACAGGGAGCACAUAAUCGACGCCUUCCGUCCCGACAUCUCGUCCUCGUCCUUCCAGAGGCCGGUCAGCGACAUGAACAUCGCCAGCGGCUGCCCGCUCUUCUGCCCCCUCUCCAAGCUGGACUUGAAAAACUCCUACAUCCGCGACGACACCAUCUUCAUCAAGGCCAUCGUAGAUAUCACAGGGCUCUAG